AUGCCAGCUGCUCUUAUUCCCGAUGCACCGGCUCAGACCACCACCGUCGCUGCAGACGCUGCUGAGCUCGACUCGUCCGCGCUGUCACACACCGGUAUCCACGAGGGCAUGGUAGAAGCUGUCCCGCUCGGGUACCGUGAGAGCAGCAGCCAUGCCGUCAUGCCAUCAAGUUGCGACAUGGACGCCAGCACCGUCCCUGCCUCCGCCGCAGCCCUCAGCACGCCAACGUCGUCAUCGUACCACGCCAGCAGUGGUCGCGUAUCAACACAGCUGAGCCAGACCAUGGAUGGCAUUGAAGGUCACAGCAUCAUGCUACUGGGGGCAUCGUCCGAAUCUGAUCCGUGGCUGCUGCGGCACUGCCAGUUCGACCAGCUGGGCCUGCGGUCGGUACAUAAAAUGUACUUCCGCAAUGCCGGAGGCGUCCCGACCACGGACAAGAUUCCGAUUCACUUCAUUGUAAGUGACAACAAGUACCUCAAUCACCCUCUCCUCCCAAUGUACCAUCCCAUUGGAGGAGAUGCGCGGCUGCAACUGAGCCAACUAGUGCAGCCUACAUAUGGUGUCCGGCUUAUCAGUCUAUUUCGCAAAUAUGUAUAUCCAACGCUUCCCGUUGUUCCCAGUACAUACAUGGACAUUCCAAGCACUAAUAGCGCCGCAUCCCCCGUCAUGAGCGCCGCCCUCGACUCCAUCCCCACAUCCGUACUGGCCGCGAUGUACGGGCUCGCGAUGCCAUUCGCCCUCAACGACGAGCUCCUCGCCGUCGUCAACGCAUUCGAGACCCCGCCCCUUCUCCAACUGUGGACGCUUGUCCACUCACUCAUCCAGGUCGAUAUCCAUCGUCCAUCCCUCUCCACCGUACAAGCUGCCCUGCUCUUUCUGCACAAGGACAGCAACAGCCACACAGCAUCCAACAGCAGCGGCGGCAACGACCUCUCCAGCUCUGCUUUUCUAUGGUCCUUCAUCGGCAGCACCGUCGGCAUGGCGCACAGCCUCGGCUUGCAGUUUGAGUGCCAAAUGUUUGGCAUUCCCAACGCGGACAAGCGCCUGCGCCGUCGUCUCUGGUGGGCGCUGUACAUCGAGGAAAAGUGGCAGAGCCUGCUGAUGGGCCGACCGCCAUACAUUCGCGCGGACGAGUGGGACGUGGGCGAAUUGUGCGACAACGACUUCGAGACGAAGAAGGCGUCGUCCUAUUUUGACGAGGCCGCUGCAGUGGUAGGACGAACAUUUCUCCCGUUUCGCGACAUGGCGCGGCUGGCUGUUAUUGUAGCCGACGUGCAAGAAAGAUUAUAUUCGUUGCGCGCUUGCCAAAGACUCGGCGAAGAUCUCGCGCAGAGCAUAUCCACCGCGAAACCGCUCUUUGACCGUCUCAACGACUGGCGGUCGUCCAUCAGCGCCCCGGAACCCUUUGACGACAACGUCGUCGAGGCGAGCCCGUACCCGACCACCAUGUACUUUGCCUACCUUACCAUAGUCACAUACGUAUGGCGCGCUCUACUGCGCCCUACUGUGCGCUCGUCGCCGCCUCCAAGAAUCAUCGACGUGGAAGAGGAGCCGCCGUUGCAGGACGCAGGGGGCUUCUUUUUCGAGGAGCUCAGCUGGGAUUUUUCUGAUUUGCCGGAAAUCGAGCUUCAUUUAGAAGAGGACAUUCACGCCCAUGGCGAAGCGAGUGCCACGAUCAAAGAGCUACAUCAGGCGGCGCAGGCGUUUGGGGGGACAGUGGCGACGUUUACUUCGCGAUUAACAUCGCGCCACUUUGACGAGUUCUGGUAUUCCUGGUCCCGCAUAGGCUUUGCCGUGAUAUCUAAUUUUCUCACCGUGCUCCUUGUCCAAGCACCAACCGCCGAAAACGCCCCGCGGGCCAAAUGGAUGCUCGAGAGCUGGCGCCAGACGCUGCGCUAUCAAAGCAAGGCCUUCCCGAUAUUGCGUCUGGCUAUGGCUCGGCUAAAUGCCUUCUACUGGGGUGGGUUGGCCGAGACUUUUUGUCUUCCGCCGCAUGUCCAAGAGGUAGUCACUUAA